AUGGAUGUGGUGAGGGAAUGCUACGUACUGGUGGGCCAAUUUGGCCGGCGUGUGCUCUGUUGGGUGCAUCUUAUCGAUGAGGCCGAUCUGAAGGCGGAUUCGGCAGAGGACAACUUGCCACACGUGCACGAUUUCAACGAUGAUGAGGACGAAGAGAACGUCUGCGCCAUUUGUACAGAGCCGCUGGCGGAGGGCGGAGACGUUCUACGAUUGCCUUGCAACGACAAGCAUGUGUUCCAUCUGGCGUGCAUGCGACAGUGGGCGGUCGUGAACCUGUCGUGCCCUCUCGACCGCAAGCCGAUCCCGCCCGAGGCUCUGGUCAAGCUGAGCCUCUUCAACAACGUCCGAUUACACACGUCGAUCUUCCUGGAGGAGAUGUUGUCGGGCGCCUCGCAGUACCUGGUGUGGAACCACCUGAUCAAGGAUUUUCCAGUAAACCUCCUUAGCUUGGCCAUAAGCAAGUGCAGCAGUACCUGGGUUGAACGAAUCGACCAGAGCCUCUACACACCACUUCCUCAAGGGGAUGGGACGCCCCUACCAGGGUGGUCUCGGAUGCCCGUGCUGAAGGCGGGCCAAGUCGCCUUCCAUGUCCUCUUGUGGACGGCCUACUCGUCCAUUGGCUACACCUCGCUGGUCCUGCACUACUUGCUGCGACAGACCUGCGAGACUCAGGGCCACAGAUUGUGCACCAAAGCCAUCCAGCUGGGCAACGUGGGUUACGACUACGCCGGGACAAAGCAGCUCCUGUCCAAGACCAAACUGACCCGCAUCGUCAAGGGGGUCGGUUUUCUGUUGGGCCUGGUCAUCGUGGGCCGCGAAGUGCGCCGCGGCUCGCAACAGCUGGCCACCACCCUGCUCGCCUGCGUCAACGAGACCAUCCCUCUCUCCACCGUCUGA